GUAUACAUCUACAUAUCAGCUAUAUACAUCGUGUGUAACGUUUAAUCACAAAGAGGAAAAGCGCCAUUUGUGUAAGAAGUCCUCUGACCAACGUGAUUCAGAUGUUUGCACGGCAGACAGAAGGCUGAAGAACGUUAAUUGUGUGAUAAUUGCUAAUUGAUUAAAAUGCCUUAUUACGGAGUAGCCAUUGGUCGUAAUACUGGAGUGUAUGACAAUUGGGAGGAUUGCAGAGACCAAGUAGAUGGAUACUCGCAUAACAAGUAUAAGAAGUUUGAUACGCCGGAUCAAGCUUGGGACUUUGUUGAUCAACAUUCUUCAAGAAGCGAUACUCGACAAACUUAUGAUUCUAACACUAAAACUGUAGCUUGUCGAAGUAAUGACAACCAAAUUGCAUUAAGAGGAGGUCAUAUGGAAGCUAAUAGCUAUCAACGUACUGAUUAUACGACUGGUAGAAACACCACCAUCGUGCGCCAACGUUCUUACGCGAGUGGUAGGGAUGGAAACGGCUAUUUUGUUGAGAAAUCUAUACGUACUUACUGGCGCAAUUGUUAAAAAAAAAUAUCAGAAAAGAAUCUUCCUUUUUCUAUAUAUUGAAGAAUUAACUGUGUAACACUUAAGACGUGCAUUGAAGAAGUUAUAUAAGUUUAUGAAGUUAUAAUUGGUUGGAAUAUAUACGUUAUCCAUUAUAUGCAAAAGUUACUGAUAAUUAACCAACUUUACAUAUCUUAUUACUUUUUUUUUUUUAAGCAUGUCAUGAUGAAUAAAUAUUACUGAAAUACUA